AUGGUGACACAACAAAGAAGGGACCUCCUUAUGAACAUUCCAGCAUUGCGAAAGCUUGAUGCGAUGUUAAUUGGUACACUCGAUAACUUUGUAGACCAACAUGAAUUUUGGUAUGUGUCAAAAGAUGCAGACGAUUCUGAAAAAGGCGUGCAAAGAAAUGAAAAGUGGUGGCUACCUACGGUCAAGGUUCCUCCUAAUGGAUUAUCUGAAGAAUCGCGACAAUUUCUACAAAAACAAAAGGAAGCGGUAAAUCAAGUGUUGAAAGCAUCCAUGGCCAUAAAUGCUCAAAUACUAUCAGAUAUGGAGAUCCCUGAGAACUAUAUUGAAUCCCUCCCCAAGAAUGGUAGAUCAAGCCUCGGUGAUUUGAUCUACAAAAGCAUUACCGUUGAGUUCUUCGAUCCUCAACAAUUCCUUUCAACUAUGGACUUGUCAUCAGAGCACAAAGUUCUUGACCUAAAGAACAGAAUCGAGGCAUCUAUUGUGAUAUGGAAAAGGAAAAUGAAUCAUAAGGAUGGGAAAUCUGGGUGGGGUUCUGCUGUGAGUUUGGAGAAAAGGGAGCUCUUUGAAGAACGAGCUGAAACAAUCUUACUCCUACUCAAACAUCAGUACCCAGGAAUACCUCAAUCAUCACUUGACAUAAGUAAAAUCCAAUAUAACAGGGAUGUAGGCCAUUCCAUCUUGGAGAGCUAUUCAAGGGUACUUGAAAGCUUGGCCAACACAGUGAUGUCGCGUAUUGAGGAUGUUCUUUAUGCAGAUUCAUUGGCUCAAGAUCCAACACUGGCAGUAGUUACAUGGAAGCCUUCAAUGGACACCACCACGACGUCACCAACGUUGAGCAGCUUUCCAAGUCAAGAGACUGAGAAAUUGAGUUCAGCUGCAGAGACACCGACUUCAAUGACACUGUCUGAUUUCAUGGGUUGGAACUUAGAGCCUUCACAAAACACGAAUAUUAAAAAUAAUUAUUCAACUGGUAAUAUAGAUUCUUUUGUAAAGGAAGAAGAAGAAGAAAAGAUCAUGACUAAACCUUCUAAUAUCAACAUCAAGAAGUUUUCGUAUAUUGAUAGAAUUGAAACGGGUGGGCUAAGAAGUCCAACGUCUCGCCAUUAA